UCUUCUGGUGUAAAAUAUUUUUUUCAAUGGCAGUUAUUUUGUAGAUGUCACCCAUUUCGUCUUUCAUUUCGACGUUUUGGUAUCAUGGCGGCCGCGGUCGGUAGGAUUUGUGGGGCACGGCUUUUGAAAAAUUAUAGCCAAGUAGCUCCUCAGGUUUGUCAGCUGUCUACCAGUUCACAGGGAUGGACAAAAAAUAGAAAAUUGUUGUUAUCAACAUUAGGAGUGGUAGGAGGUGGAGUGGGGGCUCUGCUGUUUGCUCUUGAGCAGUCCGUGCAGGCAUCUGGUGGUGAGGCACAUCCCUACCACAUGCCGUGGACUCACGAUGGAUGGUUCAAAUCUCUUGACCAUGCCAGUAUCCGCCGAGGGUACGAAGUGUACAAACAGGUGUGCAAAGCGUGCCACUCGCUGCAAUACAUCGCCUUCCGGAACCUGGUCAACGUUACCCACACCGAGGAGCAGGCUAAGGCGGAGGCCGAAGAGGUAAUGAUCAAAGACGGUCCCGAUGAAGAGGGCAACUAUUUCGAGAGGCCCGGGAAGCUGUCCGAUUAUUUCCCUUCGCCGUACCCUAACGAGAAUGCUGCGCGAGCGGCCAAUAAUGGUGCCUACCCACCGGACUUAUCUCUGAUAUGCUCCGGUCGCAAGGGCGGCGAGGACUACAUCUUCGCUUUGCUCACCGGCUACAUGGACCCUCCGGCUGGUGUGGUCCUCCGAGAGGGACAGAACUACAACCCCUACUUCCCUGGUGGAGCUAUCGGAAUGGCACAAGUAUUGUUCAAUGAGGCGGCGGAGUACGCCGACGGCACGGCGCCGACGGCGUCGCAGAUGGCGAAGGACGUGGCGACGUUCCUGCGCUGGUGCUCGGAGCCCGAGCUCGACGACAGGCGGCUCAUGACGAUCAAAGCCAUCGGCAUGUUCUCCUUCCUAGCCGCUGUCGUCUAUUACUUCAAACGGCACAAGUGGAGCACGAUGAAAACCAGGAAACUAGCCUACAAACCCGUCUCUAAGAAAUAAAAGCCGCCAACAAAAUAAUAGUAGAAUAAAACCAAUGUUUUAGACAAUUUUUUUUUCGAUAGGCGCAGUAACAUGUUAAUUGUUUAUAAUUAAAUUAAUUUAUUUUAUAUUUCAUCAUGGUUUUCUUGUUCGGUCGCUUGUUACCACUUACCAUCGAACGAUGCAAUUAUAGUGACUAAUGAUAUGUUAAUGAUGAAUGUUCACCUUAACGGAGGAUUUAGCACAGGUGAUCAGUUGGCGGACUGUGCUUGUGAUGUUUCGAUGAUAUAACUGUGAAUCAGUGUACAGUUGAAUAAAUGAGUUAUUGAAAAUCAA